AUGUCGAUCAUCAACAUCACUGACAUCGUCGUCCUAGAGAACCCGGCCAAGUUUACUGACCCAUACCGAUUCAAGAUCACCUUCGAAUGCAUCGCCCCACUCGAGGAUGAUAUCGAAUGGAAGUUGAUUUACGUCGGCUCCCCUCAGACGACCGAUAAGGACCAGGAACUGGACACGUGCAUGGUCGGCCCAGUCCCUGUGGGCGUCAACAGUUUCACGUUCGAGGCGGCUGCGCCGGACCCGUGCCAGAUCCCCACAAACGACAUUGUUGGGGUCACAGUGAUCUUGUUGACGGCCUCGUACAAGAACAAGGAGUUCGUACGAGUCGGAUACUACGUCAACACCGAGUACGACACGCCCGAGCUUCGGGCGCUCUACCCGGACACCGAGCUCGUCACUGAUGAGAUGCUCAAGGCCAGACCAGACCCGCCGUUGAUCCCUAAACUGGUCCGGAACGUGCUCGCCGAAAAGCCAAGGGUGACACGCUUCAAGAUCACUUGGGACUUGCCCUCCCAACCCGAGCCCGAGCAGCCAGUCGCCAAAGAAGGCGAGCCCACCAGCCUCUUUGAGCCCGUCCCGCUCGAGCAAGAGGCCCCACCGGUCACAAGCACCUCGGCCAACUCUUCGUCCGCCCAGAAGAUUGUCCCCCAACCCAUCCCCAGCCCUGCCACAUAG